GAUCUCCAUUCUACAAGCUCCAGAGUUCUAGAUAUCGAGUUCAGAUGAAUCGAAGGAAGACGAUGACGCGAAGGUCCAUAACCGACGACGCACAACCGUCUAACGUCCAAUGCUCUUCAGGCAGCGGCUUCGCUCGAGGCCGCGACUCCGACUUCCGAUAUGUCAAAAGCAAGGCAAAAAGAGUAAGAUUUGCAGAUGUUAACAGAGCUCCUAUAUCAAAUAACAUAUCAGAUGAUUUUUCUACGGGAUUUGAAGCGACCAGGGAUCCCAGAUCUGGUAUCCCCAAAACUUCAGAGUAUGCUUUCUUUAAGAAAGUGAUGGAGGGUGCCAUUCAGCGUAAUCAACAUUCUCUGAAUAAAGAAAGUGAACGUAAAUUGAAGGAUGCCGGGCAUUGUUAUCCAAAUAUUCUACGUAAAGAGAAUGAAAAGCUGAAGAAGUCUAAAACUAAUGAUUACACUAGCAGCAUGUCCAGUAGGCCCAGAAUUUCACAUCCUAAGAAUGUCACAACACUAGAUCAAAAUUUGCAGUUAUCACCACAAGCUGCUCUAAAAUGUUCAGGUUCAAACUUCAAAGUGUGAUUAUGCAUUUGAUGCUCUUCUUAGGUCUUCUGUAUGCUUUGCAAGGAUUACUG